AGGUGCCAUUACCUUAUCGAAUCUUUCUCAGCUUUUCCGUUAAAGAACGCGUGGGUAGUUAACGUGGAUCUCUUGUAAUUAAAAUUUACCUGUGUUUUUUCAUACAAAUUCUUAAAAAAAACUACGAGAAUGCCUCCUAAAUUUGAUCCAAAUGAAAUAAAGAAAGUAUAUUUGCGAUGCGUUGGUGGUGAGGUAGGAGCUACUUCGUCCCUUGCUCCUAAAAUCGGUCCUCUUGGUUUGUCCCCCAAAAAAGUUGGCGAUGACAUUGCUAAGGCUACCAGUGAUUGGAAGGGUUUGAAGAUCACCGUUCAGCUGACUAUUCAAAACAGACAAGCCACUAUCUCGGUUGUGCCAUCUGCUGCUUCUUUAAUAAUCAAAGCUCUCAAAGAGCCACCCAGGGACCGAAAAAGGCAAAAGAACAUUAAACAUAGCGGCAAUCUAACGUUCGACGAUAUAGUUUCUAUCGCUCGUGCUAUGAGAACGAGAUCAAUGUCGCGAACGCUCGCCGGCACUGUCAAAGAAAUCUUGGGAACGUGUCAAUCGGUGGGAUGUACCGUGGAGGGCAGACCGCCCCACGAUAUUAUAGACGACAUCAACGCCGGAGAACUGGAAGUUCCGGAAGAGUAAUUGUUGCUCGCGCAAACGCAACCUCUCUGGCUCUCUUUCUACAGCGAACACCCGUCUGUUUAUUGCGAUGCUCAGUCCAUUUUUUUAUGUCGAUGGAAAAGUGUUUUGUAUGGCGGAAUCCAAAUAAAAUGUAUACACAAAAGGCAGACUGAAGUAUAAAUGUAUCCCACUUUUACUUCACGUCUGUACUACUCUAAAACUAA